CAGUCGGAGCUGCUGCAGGCGGGUAGUGGAGCAGCAGGAGGAGGAGGAGCAGGGGGAAGGAGCUCCUCGCCUCGGCGGCUGCUGCCGCGUAGUCGUAGUGAUGGUGUGCAGCUGAGGUUCCGAGGGGAGGCGGCAGCUCUGGGUAGCACCGCUGCUGCUGCGGAGGCGGAGGCAGCGGAGGAGCGCCUAGUGGUGGCCGCAGCCGCUGCUGUGGAGGAGCUCCGAACAGCGACGCAGCAGCAGCUUCGAGCUAUGCAAGAGCAACUGCAGGCUGCGUUGGACGCCAGGUCUCAGCUGCGAGAGGCGUUGGCUUCGGAGCAGGCAGCUGCGGCGGUGCGGGCGGAUGAGGUGGAACGGCUCACGGAGCGAGAGGCGCGACUGAGUCGUCAGGUGGAGCAGCUUAGCGGGGAUCUAGCUCGGGUGAAACAGGAGUCCACGCGGGCUCUCAAGGAUCAGGAGGCGGCUGCGGAGGCGGCAGCUCAGCAGCGGGCCGACCUCGCAUUUGAAUGCGGGCGGCAGCUGGCGGACAGGCAGGCGGCGGCCACCAUGCAGGCGCUUCAAGGGGAGCUGCAGGAGCAAGCGUUGGCGUUACAGCGAGAAAGGGAGCUGUACGAACGCGCCAUGGCAGACGCCAAGCGCGGCGCCGAGCUGGCAGCUGAAAAGGCGCGACGGGAAGGCGAAGCGGCGUUGGAGCGAAUGCGACGGGAGCGAGAGUCGGCGUUGGAGGAUGCGAGGAGGGAGGGGCUGGUGGCGGUAGAGGAGGCACGGAGGGAGGGCGCAGAGGCGCUGGAGAGGGCACGGAGGGAGGCGGAGACGGCCUUGGAGAGGCAGGUGGAGGAGGACGAGGCGCGGAUGCGAGCGGCGGUCUCGCGGGCAACUCUGCGGUUGCAAGAGGUGGAGGAGCAGCGGAAGGAAGCUGAGGCGCAUGUCGUACAGCUCUCGGAGGAGCUCCUGCUGUCUGGGAAGCUGCUGGCUGCCGCUCAGGAGCGCUGCGAGGAGCUCUCAAAGCAGGUGUACGACACAACGCAGGAGCUAGAAGCGGUACGACAGCAGCUCUCGGAGCGGGAGGCUGCAGCGACGGAGAGCGCCUCCGCCACCGCCGAGCUGCAGGCGCGGCUGUGCGAGUGCCGGCAGCGGUUGGCGCUGCAGGCGGAGCAGCUCGAGGAGUUCGCUCGGCAGCAGGAGGACAUGCGGACCCAGGAGGCGGAGGCCCUGAGGUCAGACCUCCGCGCCGCCACCGCGGAACGCGACUCCCUGCUCGCGCAGCUCCAAGAGGCCGCCAGCGAACGUAACGUCCUGCACGCCCGCUGCGAGCAGCUGCAGGAGCGCUGCCGAGGGCUGCAGGCGCGCUGCGAGGAGGAGCUGCAGCCCGAGUGCGAGGCCCUGCAGGGGCGGUGUGGGACGCUGCAGGCGCGCUGCGAGGAGCUGGAGGGGCGAUGUGAGGAGCUGCAGGCGCGCUGCGAGGAGCUGGAGCAGGAGGGUGAGGCGCUGCAGUCGCAGUGUGGGUCGCUGGUACGGCAGCUGAAGGAGUCGCAGGCGGCUCUGAGGGCGCUGGAAGGGGAGGUGGAGGCGUCGGCAGAGGCACUGGAGGCGCUGAAAGGUGCUCGCGCCGCGACACAAGAGGCAGCUGAGGAGGCGCGGGUGGCGGCGGAGGCAGCACGGCGCUCUGUCGCGGCCGCAGAGGAGAAGUGUGCGGCGCUACAACAGCAGCUGGCGGAGCAGCAGAGGACACACGAGCAGGAGAUCGCGCUGCUGGAGUCCCGCUCCCAAGCCGACCUGGACUCCGCCGCUGCUCGCUUCCAAGCGGAGCUGUCGGGCCUCACCGCGCGGCUCCGGAUGCUGAGGCUCAAACAGAGCCGUGUCAUGGCCUACGUGGAUGAUGUAUUCCAAGAAGAGGAGGGCGGAGCAGCGGAAGGUGGGGGACAGGGAGGGGCAGGGCAAG